GUCUUUGACAGAGAUAGCGCUUCAGCUCAGUUUUGAGUGGAAGGUGUAGGAAGGAGAAGCAACAUUUGUUUUGAUCUGGGUCUGCUUUGGGAAACAGUUUUUGGAAGGAAGAAUGUCCUCAGUGUAUAAAAGCCUUCAUGACAGUUAUGUGUCAAACAAAGGGAGGUCAACCAGCUGUUUGACAUUAGCCAUAGUUGUGGGCUGCCUGACUGUUCUGGGGAUUUUGCUUGCCAUCGCUGUACUGGAGAGACCCCCACUGCCAAAAGGCCACGAGACACUCCCUAAGGACUCUGGUGGGGGCAAUUUCUCUACGGACCAGUGCAGCAUGGCCCUUGUAGAAAGCAUUCCUGAGCAUGUGAAGUAUAAACCUAAUGUGACACUUGGAAUCCCUCUGGAAGAAGUCUGGAAAGAUCUUAUCUCCAUGGCAACGGACCAAAUGGAUGUAGCGUCUUUUUACUGGACUUUAACUGGGGAGGACAUCAACGUUAACUCUUCCUCUGACAUACCUGGAAGGGGUAUCCUAAAAGAACUGCAAGCGUUGCCCUCGAGGAACGUAUCUGUCCGAGUGGUAACCAGCAUCCCCACCAUUAAAACUAACUCCACAGAUUUAAACGGUUUGAAACAGAAAGGUGUUCAUGUGAGGAAGGUUAAUUUUGGGCGCCUCACAAAGGGCGUCCUACACAGCAAGUUCUGGAUUGUUGAUAGAAAGCAUGUGUUUAUUGGAAGUGCAAACAUGGACUGGAGGGCUCUCACACAGGUGAAGGAGCUGGGAGUAGUCAUCUACAACUGCUCCAGUCUAGCAAAGGACCUCCAGAAGAUCUUCCAGUCCUACUGGGUGAUGGGAAAACCCAACAGCUCCCUGCCACAGCCCUGGCCUUCAGAGUAUGACACUGACAUCAACAAACACCACCCCCUGCUGGUGGAAGCUGAUAAUGUCUCCAGCAGGAUUUACUUAGCGGGCUCACCACCGUCAUUCUUCCCUCUAUCAAGAACACAGGAUCUGGAGGCUAUUCUCUCUGCCAUCUCUGAGGCUCAACGCUACGUUGAUGUAGCUGUCAUGGAGUACUUUCCCACCACACGCUUUGAAAAACCUCGCAGAUACUGGCCCUUCAUUGAUGAUGCCAUCAGGAUGGCCGCAUUUGAGAGGAAGGUGAAGAUCCGGAUGCUGAUCAGCUGCGGGCGCGACUCUGAUCCAGCCAUGCUGCCAUUCCUUCAG